AUGGAUGCCGGUGGCUCCUCAUCAGUCACUACCCUCACUCGAUUCUCUCUUGCCAUCUUUCGUCUCUCUCCUCCUCUCCCUGCUGCAUCGCACCUCGUGUGUGUCAUCUACUCGACUACACCAGCACUGCGACCCUCACCCCUAAGCACACUCGUCUCUGCCUUUCCCCCCUCUUCCUCACCCUCUCGCAUGCACUCGCGCACUCGCAUCAGCGUCCCACUGCGAGCUCUGGAUGAAGAACGUGUUUUACCUCUCCCUUCUCCUUCACCCGUCCCACUGUUCAUUACUUUAACCUUCCCACCCCUUUGCAUGCCUGCGCGCAUCAAAGCACACAUGCAGGCCUACCUGCGUGACCACCAGCGGUGGAAGCAGCACGCUGCGGCCGUCAUCCCCUUGGCGUCCAUCGUGCCGCCCGGCAGCCCCUCGGAGCUGCUCUGCCUCUCCCGCCUCGCUGCGCUCCUGGGCCUCUCCACCCUGGAAGGGGCGGCGGAAAGGGCUGAAGGGGUGUCGGAAGGGUCCGGGCUUGAGGCGAGUUUGAGCAGUGUGGGGAGAGGGCGGGGUGGUGGGAGGGCAGUGGACGUGCGUGCCGUGUCAAGGGCCCUUGCUCAGCUGCCCGUUCCCACAGGCUGGGCGCCUGACCCGGUGACCAAGCUGUGGCCGCGCCACAAGGGUUCAGCCCACGCAGGCAAGGGGGGAUCAGCAAGGGGCCUGACACGAGAGGAGAGGGCGGAGCUGCAGCAGUUCGUGGAGUCCCUGACGCCCCCUGAUGCCUCUGCACCCAAGGAGUAG